AACACAGGGACCAAUAUGAUAGUUAACCCUUUAUUUUUUUUUGGAACUUUCUUUGAGUGCUUGCUGAAAUAUGGGAUUGGGGCCCAUAUAGAGAGGAGCUUCCCAAGCCUCAGAACAUUCAUUGUUGAUUCCCAUAGUGGAGCUCGAUUUCUGAGAGAGAUGAAGAAGCAUUUGAUGGGUGCAUAUGCCAUUGCAGUGGCUGUGUUGUUAGCAUUGAGUUCGGUUGCAUCUGCGGAGGAGCAACUGAGUCUAAGAGAAUGCGAGAACCUUGGCUUCACCGGACUCGCUUUGUGCUCCGACUGUAACACGUUAUCGGAAUAUGUCAAAGACAAAGAUUUGGUAUCGGAUUGUUUCAAGUGUUGCACGGAGGACUCUGAUGAUGCCACUACCAAGAUUACUUACUCUGGUGCCUUGCUGGAAGUCUGCAUGAGGAAACUUGUUUUCUAUCCUGAAGUUGUUAGCUUUAUUGAGGAGGAAAAGGAUCAGUUUCCGUCUGUCAAAGUUCAAUAUGUUUUCAAUUCUCCGCCAAAGCUAAUUAUGCUGGAUGAUGUGGGUCAACAAAAGGAAACAAUCAGAGUUGAUAAUUGGAAACGUGAGCAUAUACUGCAGUUCCUGCGAGAGAAGGUGAAGCCUUCGGCUGCGGAGUGAGCAGCUUUUAUUCUUUCUGUGCUAUAUUCUGGACUUCCAUAUUCUGAUUCCACAAAAAAUGAGUGAGUAUAUACUGUAACUUAGAAAAACCAUUUAAACUUCCCUGAUUCCUACUCACUGGUUUCCUGAAGUCCUGAACAACAUAAAAUAAUGGUAGUUUGAUUGAUUUCAGUUGUGCAAUUGAUGCAAUACGGCAGUUAGUUUCCCCAGUUUUAUGGAAGCUGAAGAAAGUAUUAAUUGAAGUGUUGUAAGGUUUUAUUUGCGACAAGCUUGUUUCAUGAUAUAUCAUUGAUAAUGCUUGUAUAGCUGAUAUUUCUUCAAAAUAGCUGUAUGAGCAGUCUCUUAAUUUGUGUUUCUAUAAUGUUUCAUCGUGCGUUAAGUUCA